UGGGCGGGGAUUGUAGUAACGUUAGCAACCACGCUGAGCGACGGGGACGUUUCUCCCGAACGUGAAGGGUCGCUCUGUGAAAUAUGAGUCUAAUUGCAUAGGGAACCGACUCUUAGCUAUUAGGUACAUCUGGAUUUACCCGUGGGGCGUCGUUUAUUAUUAUUCUGCAGAGUUGUUGGUGAGCGAUGCCGCCCAUGUCCAGCUGUGACUGCCCCCACCUGGACUGUGUGGGGGAGAUCACCAAGGAGGAACUUAUUCAGAAAUCUCAUGGCCAGUGCCAAGAUUGUAAAGUUGGAGGACCAAACUUGUGGGCAUGUUUGGAGAAUGGCUGUGCAUAUGUAGGAUGUGGCGAAUCUCACGCUGACCACAGCACUGUUCACUCACAGGAGACGCGGCACAACCUGACAGUGAACCUGACCACACUUCGAGUGUGGUGCUACGCCUGUGGCAAGGAGGUUUUCCUGGAGCGCAAACUGGUUCCUCAGUCGCCCACCACCAGCAAAGCCCUCCCCUCCCCACAGAAGGCUGACCAGGAUAACAGCAGGGCCCCUGGGAGCCCGACCUCUCUGAGAGUGCCCCUUAAUGGAGGCUAUGAAGACCAGGACAUGGAAACAGAGGAAGAAGAUGACCUACGUGCAAGGGGCCUGACAGGGCUGAAGAACAUUGGCAACACCUGCUACAUGAACGCUGCCCUCCAGGCUCUGUCUAACUGCCCACCCUUGACGCAGUUCUUUCUUGAAUGUGAUGGCCUGGUGAGGACUGACAAAAAGCCUGCACUCUGCCAAAGCUACCAGAAACUAGUGUCAGACCUGUGGCACAAGAACAGACCCUCCUAUGUGGUCCCAAUCAACCUGUUUCAGGGGAUCAAAGCCAUAAACCCUAUGUUUAGAGGAUAUUCACAGCAGGACUCGCAGGAGUUUCUGCGCUGCUUGAUGGAUCAACUUCAUGAGGAGCUAAAGGAGACAGUACUUGAACCCUGUGACCAGUCCAACAGCAUCCCGGUGGAUGACAUCCCCAUGGAAGACAACCACAGCCAGUCAGACAAUGACUUCCAGUCAUGUGAGUCGUGUGGAAGCAGCGAGCGGGCUGAUAACGAGGUGCAGGGUGGGAAUGUGCUCACAGACAACACCAAUGAGGCCGAGAUGCUGAUUCCUGAGCAAGAUGAGAUUCAGUCCAACAGGGAGUGGCAGAAGGAAAAGAACAUGAUUAAUGACCUUUACCGCUCUGGUGUUGGUGUUACGGGUGGAAACUGUGGUGCAGACAUGGACAAAGAUGUUGACACCACCACUGAGGGCACCCCCAUUAUCAGCAGCCAGGGAGCCAUCAAGGUGCAGAGCAGAACGUCAGACUCCUUCCCAGGCAUCCACAUGUCCAACAUCACAAGGCCACAUAGUCCAGUCCCUGUGGAGGGACACAUUCCCAAGAUGUCCAGCAGCCCACCCAAAGCUGCCAGCGGCUGGCCCAGCCUAAACCCUGCACACAAGAAAGCAGUGACCACAUUUUCCCCACCAAAGAACAAGCGUCAGAAGAAAUACCGCAGCAUCAUCUCAGAUGUGUUUGAUGGGACCAUUGUCAGCUCAGUUCAGUGCCUCACCUGUGAUCGGGUGUCUGUGACCCUGGAGAACUUCCAGGAUAUCUCAUUGCCCAUCCCAGGUAAAGAGGAUCUGGCCAAGCUCCACUCCUCCACCCACCAAACCUCGCUGGUAAAAGCAGGCUCCUGUGGGGAGGCGUAUGCGCCACAGGGCUGGAUCGCCUUUGUCAUGGAAUAUAUCAAGAGUUGGUUCUGGGGUCCAGUGGUUACGCUACAAGACUGUCUUGCAGCUUUCUUCGCCAGGGAUGAAUUAAAGGGAGACAACAUGUAUAGCUGUGAGAAAUGCAAGAAAUUACGAAACGGAGUCAAAUUUUGCAAAAUGCAAAGUUUGCCAGAGAUCCUGUGCAUCCACCUAAAGCGCUUUAGGCAUGAACUGAUGUUCUCCACCAAGAUAAGCACCCACGUCUCCUUCCCCCUCGAAGGCCUGGACCUGCAGCCUUUUCUGGCAAAAGACAGCUCCGCCCAGACCACCAACUACGACCUGCUGUCAGUCAUCUGUCACCACGGCACUGCCAGCAGUGGCCACUACAUUGCCUACUGCAGGAACGACGUGAACAGCCUGUGGUAUGAAUUCGAUGACCAAAGUGUGACUGAGGUGUCUGAAUCUUGUGUCCAGAAUGCUGAAGCUUAUGUGCUCUUCUAUAAAAAGAGCAACGAAGAUGCAGUGAAAGAACGUAGGCGGGUGUCAGGUUUAUUCAGCAUAAUGGAGCCCAGCCUUCUGCAGUUCUACGUCUCUCGCCAGUGGCUUAACAAGUUCAAGACCUUUGCUGAGCCAGGGCCCAUUUCCAAUGAUGACUUCCUGUGUUCACAUGGAGGUGUCCAACCCAACAAAGCAGCAUUCAUUGACCUAGCCGACCUAGUGGUGAUGCUGCCACAGAACGUGUGGGAUCAUCUUUACAGCAGGUACGGAGGGGGACCAGCUGUCAACCACCUGUAUGUUUGCCAUACAUGCCAGAUUGAGAUAGAAAAGCUAGAGAAACGGCGCAAAUCAGAGCUGGACAUGUUUGUUCGGUUGAACAAGGCGUUCCAGGAGGAGGAGUCUCCAGUGGUCAUAUACUGCAUCAGCAUGCAGUGGUUCCGAGAGUGGGAGGGCUUUGUCAAAGGAAAAGACAAUGAUCCACCUGGACCCAUUGAUAAUUCCAAGAUUGCAGUUAACAAAAAUGGCCAUUUAACACUGAAACAAGGAGCAGACUCGGGGCAGAUCUCUGAAGAAACGUGGAACUUCCUCCACUCCAUCUAUGGCGGCGGUCCACUGGUGACGGUCCGGCAAAACAUCAGCCACCAGGAAGCAGAAUCAUCACAGUCUGAGGAAAAGAUCGAGGUGGAGACGCGCUCUGUUUAAUCCAGCACUUACUAGUAAACAGUGGGAAACGUGUAAGAAUUGACAAAAGCCUUUUAUUUUGCACUUGACUUUCAUUUUAAAAGCAUUAAAGCAAAGGACCUCAUCUUCACUGCUACACGACAGCCUUUGACGGCUGACAGAGGGAAUUAACAUGUCUGACAAGGUUUGUCAUGUUGUACAAAUCUGUAUAAAGAGCAGUUAAAUUUCUAUUAGCACUGUAGUAUUCCUGUGUAAACUUGUUAUCAGAACCAAGCAUUUAAAUUAUGUGCAGCUAACAAUUUCACUGAAUGCCAUAUUUUUUUUUGUCUUGACCAAAUAAGCACAUAUUGCUUGUCCAUUUGUCCUGUGUUGCUGAUACUGAUAUGUAAAUCACAAUACUAUUUUGCUGUAGAUAUAUGACUCAUUUUUCUUGUUGUAUGAAAAUAUUUUCCAGUGAUAAGAAGGAGAGCAAAAUGUGACACAUGAAGGGACUGACUAGCCUCAGGAUUGAAUUUUGUGUUUGCACUGUUCUGUAGACGUACAACUUGGCAUGUUGACACUGAUGUCUGGCUUGUAUGUGAAUGUACUAGUCCUGACAGCAUAUUGGUCAAGAUUCAGCACUUGGUUAUUAAUCAGAGAAGGGAGUCUUUUAAUAUGUCUAUAGACGUUUUGUAGGAACUACAUGAAAGGUGUGAUAGGAAUGCAUGCUUUAACACAACAGUCCCAGUUAAACAUCACACGUAACUGCAUGUAAAUGCAACGCUGCCCAUUAAAUGUGCACGCAAAUCACAAUCUGGAUCUACGGUCACUAAAUUGUACAGCAACAGAAAGUAUAUUGCAGUAUGUAAUCAGCUAAUUAAUUAGAUGCAUUAUUUUUGUGUAUGGGCAUGAUGUUAACGUGUUGGCUCAUAGGGAUAAUCAGAAUGCUGUACUGUAAGUUUGUGCUUAUGGAUGUCACUUGAGUAAGAGCUGCCCUGAUUUCUGCUGGCUGACACUAUUAAAACCUGAUGAAAACAUGUUGAA